UAUUAAUCGCUAUAUUUUUUAGAUGGAUCGUCCUAGAUAUUCGGUUGAUAUGGGUAACCUUGAGCGCAACCGAACGAAAGAGCUUGCGAGGAAGAGAUCCCGCAAAGGUAAAUCACAUAUCGGCUCUUCAUCUCAAAGUCGAGAUGAUUUUGAUACGGGUUGCGCAAGGAAGGAUGGAGAUGCGAUGACUGACGAACAACUAGAACAAGAAUUGCACCGACAUAAUUCCCGCUUUUUUCAAGACCAACCGAAGACCAUUGACGAAGAAGAGCUCGAGGCCGAGGAUGACGAUGUGGAGGAAGUAAUUCCGGAGAGCCACGACGAGUAGGAGGAGGGUGGCGGCAGCCAUGACGCCGACCAACCUGCCUCAUCCCAAACAGGUACAAAAAAGUAAAUCUGAACUAAUGGCUAAUAAUUUUUCUAAGUGGAAGGACCCGAACACCGGGAAUUGGACCGCAACUUGCAAUUGGUGCAAGAAAAACUAUAGCUUGGGGAUUUCCGGCGGAUACGGAUCCGCCACAAGACACCUUAAGUCCAAACACCCGGUGGAGUAUGCAAAAUUAGGCGGCGGAACGGGGAAGCAAACGCAAAUAUCGAGGUUUGCAAAUAACCAACAAGCUUUUGGUAAUUUCUCAUACAAUGAUGCACAAAAUUUGACAGGAUGGUCUAAAAGCGUUGGGAGCAUCGUUGGAGGUAGUCAAUGGGGGGAUUAGACGUAUUUGGGGUAAUGGACAACUUAGGAAAAAAUGGCAUGAUUAUUUGAUAGAAAGAGGUGAGAGAUAUGUGCCUUUUCCUAAAGAUUUGUCUAUUCGUUGGAAUAGUACCUAUAAGUUAAUUGGAGUUCUUCUUAGAUAUAAACAACAUUUUCCUGCUUUUAUGAAACAAUAUGAUAAUUAUAUUAUAAACUCGGCUGAGAUCGACACCUGUGAAAAAAUUUGUAAUGCUUUGAUAUAUUUUAAUAAUGCAACUGAAACUUUUAGUCAUGUUUAUAAACCUACCUCAAACCAAUUUAUUCGUGAAGCUGUUAAUCUCGCCGGUGCUUUUUCAAAUUUUGAGAAUGCUGAUUAUGUGAGUUAUUUUGCUAGUUUUAUGAAGGAAAAGUUUUUAAAAUAUUAUUCACAUAUUUCGCAUAUUUAUGGUAUUGCAUUUGGUCUCGAUCCUCGUUUUAGACUUGGUUCUUUAGAAGAAUGUUUGAAUUAUUAUUAUGCUGCGUUUUUUGGUCCAUUGCCAAUGUAUGAGGAUAAUCCAAUUGAUCCGAAAAAAGAAUACAACGAGGUUAGUGAUAUAUUUUAUGCAUUAUUCAAUGAGUUUCAUGCACAAUAUGGCAAUGCGCCCCCUCCCCCGACACAAACAUCAUCUAAAGGAAAAUCAAAUUUCAAAUCUACGUUUGCCAAUCUUAUUAAAAAACGAAAUCAACUCCCGCUACACAACAAAGCACAAUUAAUGAGAUUUCUUUGUAUUUAACUUAUGAUGUUGAUUUUGAAGAAGAUGAUGAUUUUGACGUACUAAACUGGUGGAAGGGAAAAGAAAGAAUGUUCUCGGUUUUAGCAAAGAUGGCUAAGCAAGUGCUAUCAAUGCCGGUUUCAACGGUUGCCGUGGAACAAGAAUUUAGUUCGGCCGGCAAUGUCCUAACACAAACCAGAACGAGGUUGAGCGCUGAAUCUGUUGAGAUGCUUAUAUGCUACCACGAUUUGUUGAAAGCAGCCCGUAGAGCUCAAGAAAUUGACAUCACCCCAUCCCAACACUUUAUGGAUGAAUCUACAACCGAGGGUGGCUCUACCUAUGCCGGAGAUUCCGAUUGAAAUAUUGAAUGAUGGAUUAGUAUUUCAUGUUUUAAAAACAAUUAUAGUUCCUAUUUAAUUUUCAAAUGUAGUUCCUAUUUCAUUUCAAAUAAAU